GGAAUUGUUUCCGCACCUGGGCCCAAGCGUUGCGCUGUCGUAGCUCAGAGGGUGUGCCGGCGAUGAGCCCCCGAAUAUCCAGCUGAAGUAUGGCCCAGCCUCCCAAUAUUCGUGGAAUGGAAGCGUUUGAGAUCCUUCGGCAGUAUACCAACGAGUUGCGCGAUGUCGCGAAGAGACCCCGGUCCUUCCUCACCCAGGUGCUGAAUCUGGGCUGCAUUGUCUUCUCUGCGCUGAUGCUUUGGAAGGGUCUGAUGGUGGUGACCAAGAGCGAAAGCCCAGUGGUCGUGGUGCUCAGUGGCAGUAUGGAACCUGGUCUACAGAGAGGAGAUAUUCUGUUUCUGUCGUUGUACUCCGAGCCGUUCAUUCCCGGUGAUGUCGUGGUUUUCCAGAUCGAGGGCAGGGAUAUCCCAAUCGUUCAUCGAAUCAUGAAUGUCCACGAGAAGGACGACGGCAAGCUUGCUGUGCUCACGAAGGGUGACAACAAUACGGUGGGUGAUCGAGGAUUGUAUGCUACGAGGCAGAUGUUCAUCAGCAGGAAAGAGAUGAUGGGACGCGCUCAAGUCUUUUUGCCCCACGCUGGAAUGAUUACCAUUUGGCAGAGGACUGAGAGAUACUUGGAGCGGCCCUGGAAAGGGCUAAAGCAGAGUGAUCUGUCAGCGCAGGUCUGCUUUCGCUGCAUGUGUUGUAUUUAUACUUGAUGGAUGCAUGUCCUCCAACUUGUUGGAUCACAGGUUCUAACAUAGUGACAGUCCGUUUGUUGAGCAUUGUCAUGUUGAUGAGUCAGGUUGAAUGACUGGCCCUGGCUGAAAUAUGUGCUGAUUGGUUCCAUGGGCUUCUUCGUGAUCAUUGGUCGAGACACUUGAGCACACCACGGAAGAGUUGGACAGCGUUUGAAGGUGGAACUUUUGGAGUGUGGGUCCACUCUCCACCGUAGCCGACCCCAAAGAUCUACAUGUGACAUUCAAGUCGGUCAUGAAUUUAUACAAUUUUGCUUUGUACAGGUUAAGUAACCCUUGGCUUCCGCCAAGAGGCAUCCACAGUGUGCACCGUCUCACCGACUCUCGCUACAGUUUCCGGACAGACGCAUGCACCUGUGA